UGGGGAUCCGAACACAUCUUCUAAUGCGCUAAUUACUUUAUUAAUGUAUCACUAACGCAGACCGUUCCGUAUAAAUUGUCAACUUCCUAAUUCAACAUUUAAUAUUUUGCCUUGGCUGUAAUUAUGAACAUUUAUUUUAGUCAAAGGGAUCAAGCGUCAGUAUUCGUGCGGUAACAUUAUUGAAAAUCACUUUGUUAUUCGAGUACGGUUUUUUCGGAGUCCAAUUCAGCCAAUUUAAAUUUGUAAUGAGAAGUCAGUCUUAGGGAGUAAACAAACGAAAUAGGAUCGUUCUGAAAGACAAUAUGAGUACGAAAGAGAUUGUCUUGCCGCUUGUGAUUGUGCAAAUAGUUCUCUUGAUUUUAUUUUGUGUAUUCGGAAGAUAUGCGCCACCAGGAGGGGAUGAGAAAUAUCCAUUGUUUCAGGAUGUCCACGUCAUGAUAUUCAUCGGUUUUGGUUUUUUAAUGACGUUUCUGAAGCGUUAUGGGUACAGCAGCGUUGGAUUUACAUUAUUAUUGGGCUCUUUCAUAAUUCAGUGGGCUAUACUUUGCCAGGGAUUCUUCGAACUCAACGCAGACUAUAAAAUUGAAAUAGGGAUCGAAAGUAUUUACCGAGCCGAUAUAGCUGCAGCAAGUGUAUUAAUUUCAGUGGGAGUUGUGCUUGGAAGAACGACCGUUCCACAUCUGCUUAUUAUGGGCUUGAUUGAAAUUGUAGUAUUCUCAGCUAACUCAUAUCUUGGAACAAAGGUCUUGCAGGUCGCAGAUGCAGGUGGUUCGAUAUUCGUUCACGCUUUCGGCGCUUACUUCGGUCUAGCCGUUAGUUACGUGCUGAACAGGAAAAAGAAGAAUAAGGAAGGAAGCUCGGAAACAGCCGCUUCCUUAGCAGAAGCUAACUACACAUCAGACUUGUUUGCCAUGAUAGGUACUGUGUUCCUGUAUAUUUAUUGGCCUAGUUUUAACGCCAUAGAAUUAGAAGGUAGCCAAAAGAGCAUGGCUAUCGUCAAUACGUAUCUUUCUCUAGCUGCUUGCACGAUCACAGCUUUUGCAGCUUCCAUGUUACUAACGCAUGAGAAAAAGUUCGACAUGGUUCAUGUUCAAAAUUCAACUCUAGCGGGUGGUGUCGCAGUGGGAGCUGCAGCGAAUCUCAUGAUUCAGCCUUUAGGAGCUGUAGCCAUAGGCAUACUUGCCGGAGUGAUUUCCGUUUAUGGAUAUAGUCGUUUAUCACCAUUGAUAGAGAAGCGUUUGGGGAUUCCGGACACUUGCGGAGUUCACAACCUACACGGAAUGCCAGGUAUAUUAUCUGGUCUUUUUAGCGUGUUAAUGGCAGGCAUAGCAACUGAGGAGUUGUAUGGUGCAGACUUGUAUAGUGUAUAUCCUGCUAGAGACGCAACAACUGGCCGCAAUGCAGGAGAACAAGCUGGAUAUCAACUAUUUGGGUUGGCUAUAACUAUUGCCGUUGCUGUUGGUACCGGAUUGUUGACAGGUAAAUUAAAAAUUUUAGAAUUUUAGUAACUUAAUAACUUUAGUUUUCAUCAA